UUCCACGGCACUGGAGAAAUGGAUCAAACAACAGGGUGCUUGUAAAGAACGGUAUGACGCUCAUAAUUUGCUCUCACGAGGACUCUCGGGCCUUGAUUUCCUCCUUUCAGACUAGUCUUCGGGCUCUUUCCUUAUCUUAAAUGUGAGGCUUUUGAUAAAAGUAUGCGGCCCCAGCCUCUCAGAUCUGGUCCCUCCCGUGUCACGAUGAUGACGGUAGGAAGACUGUGACACCUCCCGUGUUCAUACUUUAGAACCGCUCCACCUCGAAACCAUGGUGUUGUUAGCUGGACGAACCACUGAUGAUUAUGCUACUCCUACCGGAACUCGUUCUAUGUUUCUGAUAUCAUUGGUUCGACUUGGCCAACCUCGAUGCAGAAGCUGAGAUGGUGGCGAGAGUUGUUGAAGUUGCCAAUCGUCGCUUGAUGGAUUCCCCUCAACAAGCAAGCGCCACCGAUGGAGAGGGGCAAAAGAAAUCGGGUUCGUCUGCGAUGCAGAUUAUGGUGUCAAUUCUCGUAGUCGUUAUAUUUGGCACUUUAUUAUACUGCAUAUACUGCUGGAGGUGGAGGAGACGCAACGCUGUGAGACGAGCUCAGGUGGAGAAUCUACGGCACAUAUCGAGCUCCGACUUGUCUGUCAUGGAUCUAUCCACAAUACAAGCAGCAACAAAUAACUUCUCCAAGGACAAUAAACUGGGAGAAGGCGGAUUUGGCCCGGUUUACAGAGGAGUGCUCUUCGGUGGACAGGAAGUCGCUGUUAAGAGGCUGUCGACGAAAUCCAGGCAAGGCAAUGCAGAGUUCAAGAAUGAGGUGGAGCUAAUUGCUAAGCUUCAGCACAGGAAUCUUGUGAGAUUGUUGGGGUGCUGUGUGUCGAGGGAUGAGAAGCUACUCAUCUAUGAAUACCUUCCUAAUAGAAGUCUUGAUGCCUUUCUAUUUGAUCCAAACCGGCGGCCUCAGUUGGAUUGGCGAAGGCGAUUUCUCAUAAUCGUAGGAGUGGCGAGGGGCCUGCUCUACCUCCACGAGGACUCCUUACUCAAGGUCAUCCACAGGGACCUGAAAGCCAGCAACGUUUUGUUGGACAACAAAAUGAAUCCCAAGAUCUCAGACUUCGGCAUGGCGAAGAUCUUCGAGGAGGAAGACUACGAAGUCAACACUGGCAGAGUCGUGGGAACCUAUGGUUACAUGGCUCCGGAGUACGCAAUGGAAGGCACCUUCUCGUUCAAGUCUGACGUCUUCAGCUAUGGUGUUCUCCUGCUGGAGAUCCUGAAUGGGCAAAGAAACGGGGCAUCGCAUGUUCUGCAACGCGGCCAAACCCUUCUCAGACAUGCAUGGGAGCUGUGGGAGAAGGACAGAGCCUCCGAGUUCGUGGAUCCGUCGCUCGGAGACUGUUACCCUACGAACGAAGCACGCCGGUGUUUCCAGGUUGGGUUGCUGUGCGUGCAGGAGAGCCCAGACGACAGACCCACCAUGUCGUCGGUGCUGCUGAUGUUGAAGAGUGAGCAGAUGCCUCUCCCGCUGCCAAAUGAACCCCCGUCGUUCGCAAGGUUGAGGACGGACGGACUCAAGUCAUCGGCUACCAAGUCUGAUUCAACGCGAACGCAUUCUGUGAACGAGGUUACUAUCACGGUGAUCGAUCCACGGUAGUGCCUGCAGAUUCACUCUGGCAGGAAGUUUGUGGUGCUGAACAUUUUCUGAGGCAAAAAUUAAUGUUUUGUUGCAAAUGACCUUUCUACAUAUUUCAGGAGAAAGCAGCAGUAUGUAUUAUACAUAUAAUGCACUUGUCAUUGGAUCCGAG